AUGUCCAGGAUACCAUCAAGAAUGGAGAUCCUCUUUCUCAUCAAGAAAUACAACCAAUACAGCGAUGACCAUGGUAUGACAGACAAGAUCAAAGUAUCUAAUAUGAGCGAUGAUGAUCGUCGCCGAGUUGCUGCACUUGACGCAAGAGUGGCAGCACUUCAAAAUUCCCACGACAGACUCCCCAUCUUCAAGUCUGGAGAGCGUGCAAAGACCUGGCUAGAUGAUAUGAUGAAGAUGGAAAUGAAAGAUCAGAGUAUGCUAAACUUCCCAUGGGAUGGAGCAGAGAACAUUUUUAGGGAACUCUAUGAGAGCUCGAAAUCUCAGCGAAAAACGGUGGACAAAGAGAAACUGAAAAGGAUUGCAGCUACUGAAGAAGCCAAAAGAGCUGAAGACAAGAAAGCGCGAGAGAAGGCAGAUACAAAUGUUGCGGACAGUGCAAAACGGGAGGAAAAGAGAAAGCACGGAGCGAAAGCCAACCCGAUGGAAAACAUGUUGAAAUGGAUGAGAAAAGAUGGGGAGGCGAAGCUCGUCAAGCCCGAGAAACAAAAAGGAAAAUCUUCACAAGCUCCACUGGCGCUAGAUAAUGUUAAAGACGACCGACGGUACCUAGCACCAAGUCCACCUCGACAUGCUUCACCUAGGCGUGCUUCACCAAGACUUUCUACUCCCCAGAAUGAUCGCCAUCAUCACGGUGAGCGGAAAUCACCGCAAAAGAUACCAAUUACACCUGCACGUACCCCACCACGACCUUCUACACCUCAAAAUACUCGUCCUAAACACGAUGAAGCAAGAAUCCCGCAGAAAGUUAGGCAAUCCGAAACACAGCAGACAAAGCAAACCACACCUCCGAGUCCCGCUACGCCAAAAGCGGUCGCAAGUCCAAAGGGCAUACUUAAGAAACGAUCUGAGGAGUCGGUACUCAAGACUUAUAUGCCGGGUGUGACUCAUGCCGAAGGGAAGAAAGGAGAGGUUGUCAAUAACUAUGGUUCAAAGGAUGGAGUGCUACAGGAUGCCUUCAAUAGAGCACAAGAGCUUCACUCAGAGGUAAGGAAGUAUUGAUGUGCUGUGCUGGGUCGCACAAUAGACGCGAGUUUGACACUUUGGGUUUAUGACAAAUAGAC